UUGACAGCAUGUUCCAUAUCACAUUGGAAGUUUAAAGUGACUUGUUUUGUUUUUUAAUUAUUUUUUUAAAUAUUGUGCAAUCAUGUCAGGUCGAGACCCGGCAUCGGACCAAUUACUUACCUUCAAAAAAAAUCAGGUAUCACAUAGUGGUCAUAAUAAUUUAACUACUAAAUCUUAUGGUACACCAACAGUGUACAAAGACGCUACUCUAACUGUUGGAAAAAAUGGACCAAUACUUUUACAAGAUGUUAAUUUCAUUGAAGAAAUGGCACAUUUCGAUCGUGAACGUAUUCCCGAACGAGUUGUUCACGCUAAAGGAGCAGGUGCAUUUGGUUACUUUGAAGUAACGCAUGACAUCACCAAAUAUUGUUCAGCAAAAGUAUUUUCUGAAAUUGGUAAAAGAACCCCAAUUGCUGUUCGAUUUUCAACCGUCGGUGGGGAAUCAGGAUCAGCUGAUACAGUUCGAGAUCCUCGUGGAUUUGCUGUUAAAUUUUAUACUGAAGAUGGUAUAUGGGAUAUUGUAGGAAAUAAUACACCUAUCUUCUUUAUUAGAGAUCCGGUUCUAUUCACCAGCUUUAUUCAUACACAAAAACGUAAUCCACAAACGCAUUUAAAAGAUAUGGACAUGUUUUGGGAUUUUAUAACCUUAAGACCUGAAACUACACACCAAACUUUAUUUUUAAUGAGCGAUCGUGGUAUACCCGAUGGCUACAGACAUAUGAACGGUUAUGGUUCGCAUACAUUUAAAUUAGUUAACAAUGAAGGAAGCUAUGUAUAUUGUAAAUUCCAUUAUAAAACAGAUCAAGGUAUUAAGAACUUGGACGUGGCUACAGCUAAUGAAUUAUCUGCAUCCGAUCCAGAUUAUAGUAUUCGCGAUUUAUUUAAUGCUAUAUCAAAGGGUAACUUCCCAUCAUGGACAUUCUACAUUCAAGUAAUGACUAAGGAACAAGCAGAAAAAUCACCAUUCAAUCCAUAUGAUUUAACAAAAGUAUGGUCUCAUAAAGAGUAUCCACUUAUUCCAGUUGGUAAACUAGUAUUAGAUAGAAAUCCAAGUAAUUACUUCGCAGAAGUUGAACAAAUUGCAUUUAGUCCAGCUCAUUUGGUACCUGGCAUCGAACCAUCACCAGAUAAAAUGUUACAAGGCCGUUUAUUCUCUUAUACAGAUACUCAUCGUCAUCGUUUAGGCACUAACUACAAUCAACUUCCAGUUAACUGUCCAUUCCGUUCAAGAUCCAUUCCAAAUUAUGAACGUGAUGGACCACAAGCAAUUGAUAAUAAAGGAAGUGCUCCUAAUUAUCAUCCCAACAGUUUUAGUGGCCCAGUGGUUGAAGAGAGAGCCCAAAGAUUACAACCAGCUUUCCCAGUCAGUGGAGAUGUUUAUCGUUAUGAUUCGGGUGAUGAAGAUAAUUAUUCACAAGCUACAAUCUUUUACCGUAAAACUUUGGAUGAGGCAGCACGCACUCGUCUUGUUAAUAAUAUUGUUGGAUCUUUAAGUGGUGCUGUUAAUUUCAUUCAAGAACGUGCUAUUCGUAACUUUUCUCAAGUGGAUGCUGAUUUUGCAAGACGAAUUGCUGAAGGUCUUAAAAAUAAAGCUAAAGCUAAUCUUUAAAUUUGUAUUCCAUACAUUUUUGUACAUUUUUUAAACUGUUUUUUUUUUCUGAACUAUGGGACUUGUGUAAGCACAAAACAUGUUAAUAUUGUAACUUUUUUUUUAAAAUACAUAUGAUGUAAUAAAA